AUGGCGAACAGCAGCGGCUCCUUUCAGCGUGCUGAGGCACGCACCCCCGACCCCCUGCGAAAGACGGCUUUGCCACCUUGGGCUCCUGGGCAGCCGCCUUCCAAGAAGCUUUCUCAGUCCGUAAGGCCGAAAUUUCAGCCUUCUGAGAGGUGCAGUGUACCAAAGGUGACACAAUAUCCAGAACCUUUACAUUGGAAAGCAACCUAUGCACCCCCGUUAUCAGUAAUUCCCUCAAAGAAAGAUCUAGAGGAGUUUAUUGCCAGAUACAAACAGGGAGCAAUAAACCCAGUGUCGGCUUUGCAUCAGUUUGCACAAAUGUUCCACGUGCGACUCGAAUUGAAAGAAACUGGUGCGGGAGGUGAUAUGAUAAGGCCUUAUUUUGCAUUUUGUGCUGUGGUGGAUGGUGUUUGCUACAAGAAGGGACUAGGAAAAAACAAGAAGGAGUCUAGAUCAAAUGCAGCUAAACUUGCUCUUGAUGAGCUACUUACCUUGGAGAAUAAAGGGGCAAAGGCUUCUGAAAAGUCGGAUCUUCACUGUAUUCCUGUUGAGCCCCAAACUCCAGCAAACUCUGUUCGUGUUUCAAGGAUGUAUUUUGAGGGAAGACAACUUAUAUAUCAAAAACUUUCACAAAUGCUUGGAGAAGUAUUUAACAGCCUAAUUGCCAAACAUCCUGAGUACUGGAGUUGUGGCAGUUCACUGGCUGCCUUCAUCAUUGAAAAAGGUGGACGGCAUGAAGUUGUAGCUCUGGGAACAGGAGAAUGUAAUUACAGUCAGUGCUUUCAGUCUUGUGGAAGAGUGUUGCAUGACAGCCAUGCCAUUGUUGCUGCAAGGCGUUCUCUGCUUCGGUAUUUUUAUAGACAUCUUUUGCUGUUCUAUACGGGAAAUCCAGUGAGGACAGAGAAAUCCAUAUUUUGUACAGCACCAGGCUCAAAGCUGCUUACUCUAAAGCAAAACACAGCUAUCUUUCUCUACAUGAAUCAGCUUCCAAAAGGAACUGCUCGGUUAAAAUCGGAGAUACAUCUCAGUCCACAGUCUGUAUCUGCUUACGAAGCUCAUGAAGAACUGAGCCUCCAUGUUGCUGUAGAGGGCAAGAUUUACCUAGCUGUUUGUUGUCCACCUAAAAGUGUUAGAGCAAGCAGUAUGUCAGCUAGUGACAAAUUAACGAAAUGGGAAGUGGUUGGUAUUCAGGGAGCGUUGCUGAGUCACUUCAUUGAACCAGUGUAUAUCAACAGUAUUCUUGUAGGAGAUGGAAAUUGCGAGGAUAUAACAGGGCUAGAAAUAGCUAUAAAACAGCGUGUUGAUGAUGAACUUACAUCAGAGCUUCCCAUGCCUUUUGUGGUCAACAGAUCUCAUACUUACUUGGUGAACGCUGCGCACCCAAUUCAAAUUGACUUUGAACAGAAGUCUCUUAGUUUGAAUUGGUCAUUGUCAGAUGCAUCCCUGGAGGUUGUGGAUGGGUUAAAUGGAAAAACCACUGAAAGUUCACCAUUCAAAAGCGGCACGUGCAUGGCAAGUCGCCUUUGCAAGGCAGCGAUGUUUAAUCGUUUCAGAUUGCUUGCUAAGGAAGCAGAACGGAACGAUUUGCUUCAAGUUGCAACGUACUGUGAAGCUAAGAUGCAGUCUAAAUUGUACCAAGAAGCUAAAAACUUGCUGCAAAGCUACUUAGAGCAACAUAGUUAUGGAUCCUGGGUUGUGAAGUCCCCACAUAUCGAACGGUUCAGUGACUGA